AUGGUGGCCGGUGCCCAUGCAACGCGGCGAGUACAACAUUCUAUGAAAAAUGGCUUUCCAAAGGGAUCCAACGGCUUUGCAAGCCACCGGAGAGAGUUAAACACAGAGCUGGAAGAGGAUCUCGAGGAGCCACCACUGUAUAUCGCUGUUAUGACAUACUUGGCGUAUUUCUUCUAUAUAAUCUUCGGUUACAUGCGUGACUUCAUGCGCAAGUACGGAUUAGAGAAGUCCAAGUUUGUUAAGGAAGCAGGAAAUCAGGUAAGGAUAUCACUUUAAUUAAAGAAUCUUGUCUGUGCUUAGAUGAUGAGAAAGUAAUUUUACUAUAGGCCAUGCAAUCUCUAAACCUUGAAUUAUAAAUUAGGCAAUGUAAUUCUACCAGCGCUUAAUCCUUACUUAUGAAAAAACAUUCGUGACUCGCUACGGCGAGUACGGCAUUGAAACCUGUUUUUGCCGCCAAGAGAAAAAAAAAAGGGUAAUGUUGGAAUUUAAUUACUACAGUUACAGAUGGAUUACGACUCGAGGAAACCGACAGAACACGACAUUGUUUUAUUAGUCAAGGGCGUGAAGUUGUAAAUAAUACGAAGGAUAUCUGUUUCUUUGUUAUUUAUUUAUUUUUUUAUGAAACAACAGUAGCAUACGUUAACCACAAUGACAAGCAUUUAAAAAUUUCACUUUUGAUUAAGUUCAGGUACGAUCUUAGCAAGUGUACUUAUUUUUUUCUUAUAUUGUUUUUUGGUCACAAAUGCAGUAAAACCGCGUAGGAAAAAAAUUUGAAUAGAUAAGUCCAUAUGUAGAUAUUGCUAACAUAUUUUUUUUCUGUUAAAUCGAGUAGAACAAUGGUCGAUAAUGGGUAACUUUGAUUAUUUUUUUUCUCAGUUCGUGAGCGGGCGGUAUUCUACAAAUCCUGCAAUCUGACUGGUUCCGAGAGCGGGCAGUAUUGUACUCAUCCGGCCUGUUCAUGGUAUCCGAUCUUUUCGCAACCAUUUGUUAGGUUUUAGAAAAAAAUAAAAAUGUUAUUCACAAGCCAAGGUCGGUCCGUAUUGGGAAAAACUGUGCCCUUUGUUUUGUGUAGGCCUCGGGCGGUUUCUAAGACCUCGGGUAAUUUUCCCGGCUUCCGGCUAUUAUCAUCUACAUCCCUGUUAACCUGUCUAUGGUUUUCACUGAUUGCAGGGUUUUGUGCCGCUUUAUUCCGACUUCGAGAGUUUCUAUACACGGAAUCUUUACACUCGUGCAAGGGACUGUCUUAACAGACCCAUUUGUAGUGUUCCUGGCGGAGAGGUCGUGCUCGUGGAUAGAGAGUCUGAGGACUGGAACUGGACUUUCAGGUAGCAUGAAAGUAAUUCCCCCAGAACUGUGUCAAAGUUUGAUCGUCUUUGUAGCCUUAAUUUAUCAAAUUUAUCAUUAACACGAGAGACAUAACGGGGGUUCCUGUAGAUCCCUGCCCCUUCGUGGAUUUUUUCUCGUGGUUGUUGUUGAUUGCGCAGCAUGCAAACGUAAGAAAGCGAGAAAAGAUCCACAUUGGGGAUGUCGACAUCACAUUAGGGUAGAUAGUCUUAGUGUGACUCAAUUAGACCCUACCUUCCCCCCAUUUUUGGCUGCAAUCCAUGUGAAUCUCCGUUUCUUACCUCCGUGAUGCAGAGGGAUGCAGUCAGCGGUCUCUUGCGUCAUGUAUUAAUGCCCAAGUGUCUUUCUUGCAAUUCUAUUUCACUCUGACAAACUACCCUUUCAAGGUCUUUUUUAACCGCAACAUGAAGGAAACUUAGAAAGUCCAGAAAUUAGUAAAAAAUAUAUCAUAUAACAAUAAAGCUGUUUUCAACCGGAACAAUAACACCCAUCAAUCCGCUUGGUCUAAAUAGUUUUUGCCAAUUUUCACGACAUUCCAGCGGAGGUUGGAUUAUCACGAUUAUUGAUAAAAAUGAUUUAAAAAAACCCUUGUACACUCUGGUUUUUACACAACAGAUCUACAAUUUAAUUGCUGUUUACAUGCACUCAUAUCUAAACUAUUAUUGACCAGGUUAAAGUGAAUUGUUUUGUUUAGAUACCCAGGAACGACAACCAAGACUGUCAAUCUUGCCUCUUAUAAUUAUCUUGGGUUCGCGGAGAAUUCUGGGCCGUGUGCAGAUGCCGCUGAACAGGCUGUUCGGGAAUAUGGCAUUGCGGGCUGCAGCUCAAGACAUGAAUAUGGUGAGUCAAAGUCCGAGAGAUACUCGUUCUGGCGCUGACGUUUGACUGCUGUGUUACUCCCGAAAAUGUUGGUGGUGCUGUGCGGCGUGAUUUUUGAAGCCCUUUCAUUAUUUCAGAUUUGAAUGUAAGAGUUACAUGUGCCGGCUUUUUCAGAGAAAGGGCAACCAGGCUACUUCUUUAAAAUGAGCUAAAUAGCUUCCAGUAACAAUGUAACCUCGUUUUGUAUGGAAACAUUCAACUAAUACGCGAAAAUCAUUCGACAUUCCUCAAUAGAUACAAUAAAACCUGGAGCCUGAAAAUAACGUCAAAGGCAUUACAUUUGGAAUAAAGUCCGAGUCUAUAAAGGGCGCCUACAUUCGACGCUCCAUUGAUCUUUCAACUUCCAGUUCCUCACAGCUUUUCUCCAUUUUCCAGGGACCCUUGAUAUUCAUAACGAGUUAGAAGCUCUUGUCGCCAAGUUUGUUGGUAAGCCUGCAGCUAUGGUGUUUGGUAUGGGAUUCGCCACUAACUCUACAAACAUCCCCACCCUGGUGGGCAAGGGAGAUCUGAUUAUCAGUGAUGAGCUGAACCACAGAUCGCUUAUCUUAGGAGCAAGACUGUCAGGAGCGAAGAUUAAGGUCUUCAAACAUAACGGUAAGAUCAAGUUGGCACAAGAAGAUUGAGGCCUGCCUGGCCAGAGUAUGACUUGAUUUCUGGUGUGCGGGGCGAGUAGGAGUAUUGCCGCUCUCCUCUGAAACGAGGGCCAAUCCAUCACAGCUUACUCCACUUCGCCGGCGCCCGUAUAAUUCAUAUCUCGGGAUAAAGAAGGGAACUAUGAGUGUGCAUUCCUUGACCCUUAGCUAGCGUUGUUUGAACUGGUCUUUAAAGGGGAUAGAGAUAAUAAGACCCUCUCCUUUCUACCUUUAUUGCAGAUAUGGCGAGUUUGGAGAAAAUCUUGCAUGAGUCGGUUUCUCAAGGACAGCCAAUAACUCAUCGUGCGUGGAAAAAGAUUCUAAUCAUUGUCGAAGGGGUCUAUAGGUAACUCAAGUCAUCCUUUUAGGACAAGACAUUUUAUAUGAAACAGAGUUUACAGAUAUUCCCUCAGGGCCGGGUUGUUCAAAAGGGGGUAAACUUUGAUCUAGGAUUAAAAAUUAACUUUGGCUUCAAUUUCACAUGUAGAAGAGCGCGUAUACGAUCUAAGUUUUUUUUGGGUUUUAUCUCAAAUGACUCGAAACUAACCGGAAAAAUUAUAAAAAAUUGUUUGCAAAGCUUUUAAAUUGAUUCAAAAAAUUACACAAACCCCGGGUUAGAUAAAUCGUGUUUUUAGCAACCCCGCUCUGGACCUUAAUUCACGAGUAUUUUUGUACCUUCUAUACGAUAAUCAAGAAGUUCUUCGUAUUCAAUAGGGUGGAAUAUUAACUGAAUCGAACAUGAAGGUCACAAAAAUAAAUCAUCAGCUGAAAAAGCUCUUGAUUGUUAAACGAAUUCUCCUUGUCAGUAGCAAAGGGAAUAUAUAAAGAACAGUACGGAGAAUAUGGAUACUGAUGUAAAGAGUUAGGCUUAAUGUUGCACGAGUUGACAACAAUUUUUUUUUCAGUAUGGAGGGCUCCCUCGCGAAGCUCCCAGGGAUUGUUGCCCUUAAAAAGAAGUACAAAGCUUACUUAUACCUUGACGAGGCUCACAGUAUUGGUGCCAUAGGCCCAAAUGGAAGAGGUGUUACUGAAUACUUUGGGGUGGACCCUGCUGAUGUAGAUAUCAUGAUGGGAACAUUUACAAAGAGUUUUGGUGCAGCCGGGGGAUACAUUGCUGCGUCACAGGUAAGAACCACUUGUUGCCUAUUUUGGCACCAACACUGACGCUCAAAAAAGUGGUACAUAUCAAUAAUUUAUGGGAAUAUUGAGGUUUAUUUUAUAGCCAACUGUAAUGAAUGUACUGCUAUGUAUCUUUGAAUCAUUGUUAGUAUCUGAGCAAAUGCGCACCUUACCCCUCCCCUGUCCCAACAAAAUUCGACCGAUAACAAGUUAUGGUUACAGUUGGGUCAGGGGAGGGUAGGUGUGUAGUUUCUCAGAUACUGACAUUGAUCUGUACCUUUCAUUUGAAUGAUCUCGCAUUAAGGUAAGUAAGCGAUUCGAAAGCUUCGAGUGGUAACCCAAAAUAAUAAUUUAUUAUUUCUUCCAGGAAAUAAUAGAUCAUAUCAAAGGAAGUUCCCAUAGUGCAACGUACGCCUCUUUCAUGUCGCCUCCAGUAGUCAUGCAAAUAAUAUCUUCAAUGAAAAUAAUCAUGGGCGAGGAUGGAACAAGUAAAGGUUGGUAAUAAAAUGUAAAAUUUCUGGUACAUCUCUUAAACAGAGCGAUCAAACUUCUGUUCAUGUGCAAACGUUGUAAUGACUAGGUGGCCUACUUUCAGACACUCAAAACCAAGUUGUCCUAACAGCCAUGCAAUCUUGUUUCUUCUUUUGUUUCUGUGCCAAAACAUCUCGAAAAGAGUGUAACGCCACUUUCUUUUCUUUUUUCGCAAAGCAUCAAUUUCCUUAUUCCUAUGUCUGUGCUAGAGUUUUCUUGAUUAUUUUUACCUACAUUUCAAUAAAAACUUCUGUUAGGUUGUUUCUGUACAUUGAAGUUUAGAGAGGUUACUUCUCGUCUCAAGUUGACGGUUUUCCUAUGUUCUCAGGAAAGCAGAGGCUUACCAGAUUGGCACAGAAUUGCAAGUAUGUGGAAUUAUAUGAAGACUUAAGCCAAUUUUUUCCCUACAAAGGCUCGAGCCAAUUAUUUAGCUGAACCACAAAUUUUUGUGAGGCAGGCCACAGCUGGGAGUCGAUAUUUCCUUGCCAUCUCAGUUGGUGCUUACGAAAGAUCUUAAAGAUCUAUCGCGUCUGGUUCCAAAUGCUGAAACAAUGCCCCUCAUUAUUAGUGCUGCGGCACGAGGGUUUUGCUGCCCGCAGAAAGUUUGAGACAGGCCAGCGGUUUACGAGGGGGUCUGCUAGUAAUUGCUGGAGCACUUUUCAGAUGGGGGCCUAAUCCCAGGAUAAAAUUUUCCCCAUUUCUCUAAAUCGUCCCUGCUUACAUCCCCUAAUGAUGAUUAAGAAACCAUUGCGCAGCGAGAGUAGUCACCUCCAACAUUAUUUCAUGACUUGACUUAAUCUUUGAGCUGUUUACAUGACAGGUACUUCCGACAAAAGCUGAAAAAGAUGGGCUAUAUAGUAUACGGCCAUGAUGCCUCAGCAGUAGUACCCAUUCUUCUUUACAUGCCGGCAAAAACGGUGUAAGUUUUCUUUUUCCUUUGAUAAAGUGAAUGAAAAUAAACUUUAAGAGCUCCAGUUGCGUUGAACCUUACGUCUUAGUGGGCACACUUAAAAAAUUUGCUUCUAUGUUAGUAGGGAAGUUACGAGAAAAGUGACCAGCUCUGUAACCAACGAGAACUAAAAUGUGAAAAAAGCAACCGUUAAAAGCGCGGGGUAACGCGGGUGACCAAGUCGUGAUUGGCUUUAGUUUUGCAUCUGAUUGGUCGAGAGAGUGGCGCGAGUUUUCUGAACCAAUUACAGAGCAAAGCAAAGCCAAUGCAAUCACGGAUUACUUGCGAGACUCAAUUGGAACACAGAUAACGCAGUGGUGGGUUGCUCUCGCGCUUACCGCGAGUCGCCUGGGUCCAGCUUGCUAUUGGUUUUCUUCGAGUGUUUUUCUCUGGACCCUUCUUUUUUUUUUUCUUCCAUCACAAAACCCAACUCUUAUUCGAAAUGGAAACAGUAGACGAACAACCAUUCUGUGUAUGCGUUACUGCUAAAUUCUGUUAAUUUAUCAUUCUGAUUUCACUCGUCUCUCUUUAAAUGAGCUUGUUUCAUGUUCCUAUUAAGAAAACAGAUUGAAAUGUAUGAAAGAAUGCGCUGAAACGUGUGUGUAUUACCUCAAUCACUGAUCCAAGGAUGGCGUUUUGUUAAGGUUUAGGUCGAUUAUUCAAACUGUUCAAUAAUUUGACUUUGUUCCAGUGCCUUUUCGCGUGAAAUGCUCAAAAGAGGUGUGGCUGUGGUCAUUGUAGGGUUCCCUGCCACUUCACUGAUUGAAUCGAGAGCAAGGAUUUGUCUGUCUGCGUCACACACCAAGGAAAUGCUUGAUAAGGUAACGUGAGUCAAUCCUUCUCGUAAUAUCCUUACGUCUUCUUCUUUACGAGACAAAAUAUCUGCCCGAAUACUAUAACCUUUUCUCUCUUAGAACUUAUUUUUCAUAACCAACCAGGUGUAAGGGUGAAACUGGGAGUAUUUUAAGUUAAAUUUCCCUUUUUUCCUCUUUCUUCUUGUUGUUGUUGUUGUUGUUGUUGUUGUUUUCCUUUUAUUACCAUUGGAUUCGCUAGCAUUUGCUGGUUCAUGGCAAAUUUCACGCGCGUUUUCUGGCGCACAAGUUUUUUCACACGAGCGUUUCUCUUGCACAUGUAUUCUCUUUUGUGUUUGCUAUUUCUAGUGCGUCUUGCAUCGCAAUUGUUUUCAUUUGCGCGCGUUUCUGACCCAGGGUAUUAAUUUUUCUUUCCUCAGGCUUUGAAUGCCAUUGACGAGGUUGGGGAUAUACUUAGGGUCAAGUAUUCAAGGCGAAAGAAAAACGCUAAAUCGUGAGAACAGAAGGAAGCAACUCUUGGGCAGCGAAAGAAUUAUAAUUUUUGCUUUCGGACAAAUGAAUGCUUUUAACGUCCAAAUAGUUAUGUAAAGUAGGAAUAAUAAUUUUAGUCUUCAUUUCAACAAAUGCCUCUUUUUAUGGGAUCAGUCAUUAUUUUUCGCCAGGGGAGGAUCAGUUUGAAAUGUUUUACCUAGGAAUUCAUGGGACAUUGGAUUAUUAAGGUAUUAUUUUUGCCUUAGCUUUCAGCUAAGAUUUAAGGGGAUCAUUCUCUCUAAUUUAUGAAGGGACCUAGUCCUCGAUAGCUCCCAACGUAAAUAGGACACAGUUUAUGAGGUCCUCAAAGGACGUAACCUAUACGGGCCCCGUUUAGCACAAACUCGUUAUAGUCAAGUAACCAGAGUCUCGUCCCAGGGCCCCUGGUAAAAACCAAUAGAACGAUGAUAAAGCCUGAGUAUAGUUAUGUAGGUUGGUAGGAGAGAGUAAUUUUAAUUUACCCACAUUUUCUAGAAUUAAAAGCAUCUCAAAAUAUACGUUGGAUCCAGAAUUGCAAGGAAUUGUUUUUGUUAUGGCACAACAUGGUUAGGUUUUCAAAGAAUUGUUUGACGAUGCACACGCUGAGCCGAAGUAAUUCAUAUCAACCAUUUUAAUUUUCACGUGUGGUGUUAAUUUUUUCCUUUUUGUAAUGUUUUUUUUAAUCAGGCUUUGGAAGCCAUCGAUGAAGUAGGUGACAUUCUUCAACUCAAAUACUCGAAACAGACACAGAAAAUAAAAAAUAAAAUUCUCGUGUGA